AUGACCCAAGAAAACGUUCCGCCUAGUCCCGAAUUUUCCGUCAGUUCGUCAGAAGAAUACGGGUCUGGUGUUGAUGAAGAAUUGUUUGCAUCCGGCUUUGUCUUGUCCAACAACCAAAACAAGCCCAACAUCAACGCCUACAAUAACAACGAUACCAACGACGGCGCGAACGGCUUUUACCGAAAUGCUGCUUCUUAUGCUUCUUUGUCUCCGUCUUACUAUGACCCUUAUUACAAUGCGCGCGAGCGAGAUUCAAUGUCUUUUCAAUCCCCGAGACCUCGUCCGGCACCCGUCGAAUGUCGUGAAACCUAUCAGCCAGUUACAUCACGUGUUUACGACGUGAUUAUUCCUCAGAAACCAUCGCGUACGUUGAGCGAAAUAAUGUUUAGUGCCGAUCGGACAUUGCCAUAUCCUGUAAGCAAUAAUAAUCAUAACGCCAGUGGACGACAAUUCACGUGGCCAGUAGAUACGACGUUUUAA